CAUUAGCACAAAAUAACAAGUAAUUGUUAAAACAAAUUUCUAAAGUAGUUCAUCCAAAAGUUCUUGUCCAGGGAAUGCAAGAAAGUUGGGGAAGGAAGGAGAGAUGGAUUCUGGACUUUCUUGGGCUGAUCAAUGGGAUUAUGACAAUCCUGACCCUCCACCACCAUCGUCAUCAGAGAAUGAUAAAAAGAAGGGAAAAGAAGGGUCUAAAGGGAGGAAGUUUGGGAAAUCAAUAUUAAAUUUCAAAUGGAUUAAAGACAUCCGCAAGAAAUCUCAUGAGAAACAAUGAGUACUGAUGUGCAUCAAGAAGCUGCCUCUAUGUCGCAAUUUCAAAACAGAAUCCAUUUUGGUCACUCAUUAGCCUUCAUCUUACUAUUAAAGCAUCUGGAGCCUCUGUGGCCUCUAUCACUUCUUCUAUGAUUCAAUAAUACAGUCUAUUCAAUUCUUUCUUUGUUAAUAGUAAUCUGAUUCACUUCUCUCUUUGAAUGUUGUAAUUACCUUUUCAAUAUUAUCAUAUGUGAUCAAAUGCCAAAUGGUAGACAUCUACAAAUUUAAA